AGGCAAGCAGGUAAACAGGUGCGGGGACAUUCGUGCGGUUGCUCGGGCGCUGGGAAUUUCCUAGACGCUGCAGCGCCGUAGGAAGAGAUGGGCUUAUCGCCGGUGGGAAAAAAUGGGGUGCGUUUGAAACGGACGGCGCGGGCAGAUGAGAAAUUGAGCUUGUUGCGGGGUGGAGUGUAACCUUAAACUGACGCACUAGGAUGGGUGGGCGUGUAUCCAGUUAGAAACUAGGUUGGGUUGGGUUGGGUUGGGUCGGAUUGGAUUGAGCUCUUUUUUAAAUAAAAAUUCCUGGUUUAUUUAGUUUAUUUUGCCUUCUUCGUCUUCUCAGCGGCGGAUCUGGCGGAAGCACGAUCUUUCCCCGGUUUUUUCGUGCAUGGUUGAGAAACCAGUUGCCGCCAGGUCGGGAUUCGGCUCUGGAAGCAUGUAGGCGGGAGUAUGAAUGCGCUAUCCCGCGCAGGGGGGAGGCUUUCCGGGUCUUCUUGGUGAUUGUUUGGCAGGGAGUCCUUAGAAAGUGGGGAGUCGCCUUGGGAAGGGGGGGGUCGCCGUGGGAAGUGGGGUGGUGCUGGAACGCCGUCGCUCAAGAACGAAUUGAUGGAUUUUGUGACGCCUUUUCCGCAACCAUGAAGAGAGGAAUGGCGUCGUCCUCGAGUUCUCCUUGCGCCGCAUGCAAGUUCCUGCGGCGGAAAUGUACAGCGGAGUGUGUUUUUGCGCCCUACUUUCCACCUGACCAGCCCCACAAGUUUGCUAAUGUUCACAAGAUAUUUGGAGCGAGCAAUAUCACAAAACUCCUGAACGAGCUCCCCACGCAUCAAAGGGAAGAUGCGGUAAAUUCCCUCGCGUACGAGGCGGAUGCGCGUGUGAAGGAUCCUGUAUACGGAUGUGUGGGCGCUAUAUCUGUCUUGCAGAGGCAAGUCGCGCAACUACAGAACGAUCUGGCCAUCGCGCAUUCAGAUUUGGCUAGGUAUGCAGGGGCAGGAAUGGUGGUUCCAUCCGUGGGCCAGGGAGGAGCUUCAUCAUCCUUAGGGAUAGGAAUUAGUCUUUCUCAAGGACAGGCGAACCGGGAGCACAUGUUGACACGAGAGCAGCUGAUGGAUCUUGCAAGAGGAGACCCUUCACAUCUCUCCAGAGAGCAUCUCAUGGAACUGGCUAGGGCCGGAGGAGGUACUUAUGAAACUCUUCAAGCCCUUGGCCUUUCCGGAGCACUAGGACCACUCCGAUCAUUCCCAUCUAAUUCGAGAUCUGGAGGCGAAAGCGGAAACAGGAGCGGAGGCGGAAGUGGAGGUGGGGGCGGAGGCGGAGCUAGUGCCAGCAAUACUGGCGGACAAAUCCCUUCACCAUGACGGCCUCGAACCGGGUGUUGUGCUGAGAGAGAGAGAGAGCUAUGAAUUUGGUAGAAGCGUUAGCCAAAUCUCACCAACGACACUGAUGUUGGGGACUCUGGAUGAUUCGAAAGGUAGUAACGUAAAGGUCAAUUUCUCUCUCCGAGUCUUGGGAGUGUCCAGCCAUGACAGUGUCAAAUGCUAGGGAUUGCCUUAAGCAUCUAUCCAGGCCUCUUCUCCCGAAUGUUCAAAGGGUCAAUGCAUUCGCCGGGGAGGGUCAUGUAGUGGUGAGUAAUGAAAGCGCUGCCAGCUUUAUAAGGAAAUCUUUGCGAAUUAUAUCGAGGAUGUCUGUGUCCGUAGUUCUCAUGCUUCCGGCACCCAGGGGGUUUGCAUGCAUCAUCUGAAGGUAAAUUCCAAUGAGGCCAGGAUAUCCUAAUUUGGGAGCACAGAACGUCCUUGAUCACUUUCCAUUCAUCGCGGAAGCAUGUGGAUCUUCGAGAACUUGCUCUCAGUAUCGGCGCGCGCUAGGGUUGAGGGUGUUGAACCCAGUCGAUGAGAUUCGGAAGGCUCUGGCUAGCGCGCUACAACCAAGCAUCUCGAUUCUGGAUCGGAGCGCUCCAUCUUUCCUCAUUAAUAGAGCAUCUCAUAGUUUGUUGGUAGGAAUGUCAGCAGGUCAUGCAGGGUCGAUUUUUAAGUUUUCGGAUGCAGACUUGAGUAGUUACUGAUACUUAGAAAGAGGAGAUUGCAUUUGGUUGGGAAUUUUCCCAGUUCUGCUUUUGUCGUCUAGUGCUAGCUACAAAAAUAACAAAACGGAAGAGUUCUACGAUGUCUUUCUUCAGUAGCAUUUGUACUGUUCAUUUCAAUGUACUUUGGAUUCUCGCACUCUUUGGGUUGGGUAUCUGUAUCCCCACACAAACUACCCAGAGAGGAAAUCAUUAAUGCCCACAAAGUGAUCUCC